AUGGCUGGCAUUUGGUCCAAUCUCUGCUCUGUCAAAUCCAAUUCCAUUGCAGACGCUGUUUUUUUCUUGAUGUCGGAAUGGAUCGAAACAAAGGGAGGGACUAGGAUUUCGCGGCUGGCAAUCAUCGACGGCGCUUCCAGCAUCACCAUUUCUGACGCAUGUACGGUGUCUGCUGGCUGCAAACUAGUGGGACGAGAAUCUGCGGCCAGAGGCACGAAACCCGUGAUUGCGCUUGGGAAAUACGUGUUUUUGGCUGCCAAUUGCACGCUUGAUCCGUCCAAGUCGUCGGGUGCGGCCGGAGAUCUGGGGGAAUGUACCAUAGGUAACUAUACUACUAUUGGAGAGAACUCCGUUGUAAAACUGUCUUUCAUUGGGAAUAGGGUGCGUGUAGGUAGUAACUGCCAUCUUGGUGAGCUUUGCGUCAUAAACGACUGCUGUAUUAUUGAGGAUGGCGCCGUUGUUCCCAAGAGAUCAGUCAUUGCCCCUUUCUCUCGCGUGCGAGGAGUCCCUGGUCAAGACUAUGUAGUUGAAGAGCUUAGCGCAGCGUACCGGCGUGUUCUCGAGCUCAACUCGCACUUGUGUAAGAAUCUCGAAUGA